CCACCAACACCCCAAACCGCUUCCCGAGGCAACCCCACUACCAUGGCUGAACGCCGGAAGCGCCAGCAUCCCCAGGGGCCCGCAGCGCAACGCCGGGAGAGCGCCGUGGAGGAGCUAUCGAUGAGGACGGUGCAGCCCAGAAAAACACACGAGAUCUCUCACAGUCCUGGGUCUUCUGUAGGCCGUAGGAGUGGUGGCGGGCGUGGUGGCAGCAGGAGAAGCUCAUCGUGCCCACUGCCCUCAGUAACGGGAGCCCAUCUAUGAGCCCAAGCGGCUUCCGUAUGCCCAACACGAGGCGGACCUCGAUAAACGGCAAGGCUGGCGGCGGUCGUACCGCAUGGAGAAGGCCAGCUUCCACAAGCUUGUCGAGCUACUCCGCCCUUCGCUGGCAGUCAACACCUUCUUCGGCGGUGAGAGUUAAUGUGUAAAUGCAGCCGCCCACGGCAGGUAUGCGUAAGGCUUCCUCUCAUGUAUACGUAGAGAACAACGGGGAAGAGCAAGUCUAAAAGCCAGGAGAAACACUACUGCUGUAGACUGCCUUGCUGUUUGUUUGCUAUCUUUAAAAAAAAAAAACUCCCUAAUGGAAACAUGCAGCCAGGGUAUGCAUACACGCAGCAGCACUCAUUCUACAGCAGUAGGUACAGCAGUGUCUGCACAUGCAUACAGCAGCAGUCGUUGUAUGGGAACGACAGGAAGAUACUAUGGUGGCGCUGAAAUAAGUUCAGCAGUAUGAAUAGAGCGUGCAACACACGCCGGCGCCACUAUACAUUAGACAUGCCUCGUCGGGAGCCUACACAGGUUGUCGUAUCCCGCAAUGAUAGCAUACAAGAGUCGACACGUGCUCCUCAUUUGCAUAUGCGAGGUUAGUUGUGUGUUCCGUGAAGAACACAGAGCCGUCUCACAACCCUAGUCGGGAGGUGUAUUGGGCCGGUACUCUGGCGAGUUUAACGAUGACAUGCGUCCUUUGACGCUGGCGAUUGCAAACACACCCCCUAUGACACUGGUACAUUUUUCCUGACCGACACACGCUUAUCCUUCGAACACUAUCUGCGCAUCGCUCCGAAACCCCACAGCACUGCGAUCGCCAAUCAACGGCGCCAUAGCCGUAGAAGUCCGCGUUGCCGUGGCGUUGAGGAUCCUGGCUGGCGCUAGUUACUGGGAUGUUGCCCUCAUGUUUGGCUUGUCGGUGCCGACCACGUACCAGAUCUUGUGGCCGGUGAUCGACGCCAUCAACAAGUCGCCUGCGGUUGGGGCGUUCGACUUCCCCUUGACCGAGGAAGGCUGCAUGCGAAAUGCCAACAGAUUCAAGGUGAGGCCUAACGGUGGCCAUUACUGCUGCUGUGGGUUAUUCUUGGCGGCAUUCUCUUGACCAGCCGCGGGAUGUUUUUUUUCUAAUUACGUCUGGCGUUUCCAGCCGUUUUAGUGUAGGGAGGCCUAGACACAGCCUUCGACGGUAACACAGGAAAAAAAAUGUCGUUCNGACUUCCCCUUGACCGAGGAAGGCUGCAUGCGAAAUGCCAACAGAUUCAGGGUGAGGCCUAACGGUGGCCAUUAUUGCUGCUGUGGGUUAUUCUUGGCGGCAUUCUCUUGACCAGCCGCGGGAUGUUUUUUUUCUAAUUACGUCUGGCGUUUCCAGCCGUUUUAGUGUAGGGAGGCCUAGACACAGCCUUCGACGGUAACACAGGAAAAAAAAUGUCGUUCCCGGCGGAUACAAGUUCGGAUUGUCAUGUGGUCAGCAUGCCUUUAAUCGAAAAACAACCCCCGGGUCCCGGGUGGUUCGCC